AUAUAAUGGCAAUGAUUCCGAAUAUAGGUCAAGUUGUCACUGUCAGUUUUUAUCAGUGGACUGUUCAUUCGUCGUUUUAUUUUACUUUGGUUGGAGUUCUAUUUAUAAAUUAAUUUCUCGCUAGAGCGUGUUCCUUGUUUCUAUUAAUCUAAGUAUACUUGUUGUGUGAAAACAAAAUCAUAUUUAAGUCUUCUUCAAAUGUGCCUAUGGAUGUUCCUUUGUUUUUAAUAAUUAAGUGACCGAGCUAAUCAAAUAAGUAAAGUUAAAAUGGUUAAUUCGAGCUUAGCGUACGAAAUUCUUCUGUAUAUUAACUCGUUUUAUUUUGGUCUGUUCGCUACGUGUGAGCUAGGCACUCUUAUACUGAAAUCAGUUUUGAUUAUUGAGAAGUAUGAUGUGGAAAAGGAUCCAACGAAACUGGGGCGAGACUAUGGAGUUCUUAUAGGAUUGUUCGUUAUUGAAGCUGCCCGUCUUAUAUUAGGGCGUAAAGGAAGUCUGAGUGAAAAAGACAUACCAGUGUUAUUCUCAGUGCUGCUGACAGUGCCAUCUAUAAUGGGGGUCCUGUACCUCCUCAUCUUCCAAGUUGUGGUGCUUAGAAUAGAGUACAUCUGGUGUACUCUCAUGCUGUGUAUACAAACCUUAGAGUUUGUAUUUGCAUCCAUGUUCAUUGUGUCUCUUUGCCGAGGACCUUCCUAUGACUAAAAUGUCCAGUGGCUGAGUGCCUUAAGCACAAAAUUUGGCAAGAAAUUAAAUAAUAUUUUAUGAUAUACAGUAUUUAAGUACAAGAGAUAUGGAAGUCCAAAGAAUAUUUUACUAAUAUACUAGGUAUACUACUGCCUUUCAGUGACAAAUAAUUAAUGUAAUAUAACAAUUAUUCAUUAAACUCAUAACAUUUUAAUAAAAUCCAUAGAGUACUAAAAAUACUAAUACAUGGAUAAGAAUAAAAAAAACAUCUAGUAGUGCCUUCAUAAAAUCGAUGAUCAUUUGAAUACCAGUAAAAUCGAAUUAAAGUUUGUAAUGAAAUGAGCCAAAUUAGGUAAUAGAAAUCACUACAUAUUAAAAAAAAAACAUAAAUACUUUUUUCAAACAAACUUUUUUUUAAAGCAAUGAUGAAUAUUGCUCGUAUAUUAUUUGGGCUAAUGCUAGCCCUCAUAUAAAGGGUUUAUGCUGCUAUGCAAUAAUUAUAAUCACAUUUCCUUAUGAGUGGUUUUAAAACACUUUAGUGUGAGUUAUUACCCACUUGAAUAUUUUUUUAUGCAUUUGAGCCUCGAAAUUUAAU